AUGGAUGAUGAGCUGCAAAGCUGCGGAGGCCGGAAGAGGACUGCCACCACCAUAGCAUUGCGUCCGCGAGAGGAAGGCCUCAAGUGCCCGCGAUGCCACUCCCCCAACACCAAGUUCUGCUACUACAACAACUAUAGCUUGUCCCAGCCGAGACACUUCUGCAAGACCUGCCGCCGGUAUUGGACCAUAGGUGGCGCGCUCCGGAACGUGCCCAUGGGUGGCGGCUCCCGCAAGAGCAAGAAGUCCAAGUCCUCGUCGGCGUCCCGCCUUCCGGUGGAUCCCGUCCGUGGACUCGCCGAAACAGGCAGCGGCCUCAGGUUUCUCGAUGGAGUACCGUCUUCUGUGGCCAUGGACUUCCACAUACGUCUGCAUGCUCCACCUGCAUCUGGGGCUUUCAGCUGCAGCAACCAGUGCAUCAACUUUGUCGACAUCUCACGCAGUACAACGUUCUCUUCUUCUUGUACUACUGCUGCUCUUCCUCCUCCAGUGGGCUUCGAUUACCCAGUCCCUGCUGCUGCAGGUGUGUAUGGUGAGGUCGGUGGUACUUCUAUAUCCUCUGCUGUGAACGGCAUCAGCGUAUCCUCCAUCGAGCCCCUGAGCUCCAUCAGCCAGGACCUCCAUUGGAAGCUUCAGCAGCAGGGACUCUCCAUGUUCACCGGACUCUCACCUCGUCCACUGGAGAACCAACAGACGCUCAAAUCUUCUGAUAUUGCAGGCAGAGCCGGAGCCGAAGCUUGUGAGGUUAAUGGAUCCAGAAAUCUUUGUGUUGGCGCUGGGGCUGAUAGUUCACCAGCAUGGUUCCCGGACAGUUCUUACACCAUGCCGACUUCAAACAGCAGUAUGCCUUGCAACACCAUCAGCAACAACAUCAACGAGAGCGCCAAGAGUGUCACCAACGUCAAUAACAUGAGCUAUUGGGGUGGAACCUCAGCAUGGAAUGAGACGCCACAGUUCUCCACACUGCCUUAG